AUGGAUCUAAGUAACUUUAAACCUGAAGUAUGGACUACUUCGUCAAACAGUGCAUUGAAAGUAUCGCUGGUUGGUAAGGAUGGUGCAGUUCAAUUCACACCUACUUUCACAUAUCCCAUAUUUGGUGAAUCUGAACAAAUUUUUGGAUAUAAAGAUUUAACUAUCCAUUUAGCAUUUGAUUCUGUGACUUUUAAACCUUUUGUAAAUGUCAAGUAUUCAUCGAAGUUAGAUACAGAUGAAACUGAGGAUGUUGAAAAGAAGUUAUUGGAUGUUUUACCAAAGGAUGAUGAUGUUAUUGUGAAGGAUGAAGUCAAAUGGGUUGAUUCCUUUGAAGCGGAGCAAUCUGGAGGAUAUAGUCUUCCGCCUGACAAAUACGAAAUAGAAGAAUACGAAAUUGAUGGUGAAAAUUAUGCUGUAUUUAAAACAAACUUAACAAAAAGCAAAGAUCUCAAGAAACUUCAUCGUCGUGUCCAGAUCUUCUCACUUCUAUUUAUUGAAGCUGCUUCCUAUAUUGAUGAAGACGAUUCAAAUUGGGAUGUAUUUUGGCUAUUUAAUAAAACUACAAAGCAAUGCAUUGGUUAUGUCACAGCAUAUAUGUAUUGGAACUAUGCCAAUGCUAGUCAAUUUGAUAGAGACAACUAUACAAAACAUUUCCGAGGUAAAAUUUCACAAUUCUUAAUUUUCCCCCCAUAUCAAGGUAAAGGUCAUGGUUCAAAACUAUACCAAGCAAUUUUUAGUCAUUGGUUGAACGCUACAAAUGUGAUAGAAUUGACUGUAGAAGAUCCUAAUGAAAGCUUCGAUGACUUGAGAGACCGUAACGACCUCGAGUUUUUAAAGAAGCAAGGCUUCUUUGCUGAGUUUUCUGAUGAUUCUAACGACUUCGUUGAGGACAAUUGGCUUGUAGAAAAACAACUGAAGUACAAACUUGAAAAGAGACAAUUUAGUAGAUUGGUUGAAAUGAUAUUAUUUUCUAAAGGUUUCACUGGACUCUUUAGGCGUCAAGUUAAAAAGAGAAUAUUCUUAAAAAAUUAUGAUGCCCUCUGUGAUCUUGAAGAGGCAGAGAGGAAAAGUGCUCUCCAAAAUUCGUAUUUAUUGAUUAAAGAUGAUUACAAAAGGAUCUUAUCCAGCUGUUCGUUCAACAAGCGCAAGUUGGAUGACGAUGAAGAUCCUACUAAUUCAGAUAAUAAGAAGGUCAAGUUUACAGAAUAA